GAGAGCUGAGAGGCGGAAAAUGGCGCUGACGGGAGCGCGAGCUCGCACUGCCCAGAGGGUGGCCGCCGCCUAAGCUGCAGCCGCCGGAGCCGCAGAAACAAGAGGCCGAGCCGUGUCGAAGAUGGAGGAGAAACCCUCAGGACCCAUCCCGGACAUGCUGGCCACUGCAGAGCCCAGCUCCAGUGAGACCGACAAGGAGGUGUUGUCCCCGGCUGUGCCAGCUGCAGCCCCCUCCUCCUCCAUGUCGGAGGAGCCAGGCCCUGAGCAGGCAGCCACACCGCCAGUGUGGGAACGUGGAGGGGCUGGAGGGAUGCAGCAGGGCUCCUCCCCAGCCCCAGACAGCUGCCAGCCUGGCCCCGGACCCAGCCCUGGCCUGACCAGCAUAGUUUCCGGGACCAGCGAGGACCUGCGGCCUCCCAGACGACGCCCACCUCCAGGGAAGCAAAUCCCUUGCUCCAGCCCUGGCUGCUGCCUCAGUUUUCCCAGCGUCCGUGACCUGGCACAGCAUCUGCGAACCCACUGCCCCCCCACACAGUCCCUGGAAGGCAAGCUCUUCCGCUGCUCAGCCCUGAGCUGCACCGAGACCUUCCCCAGCAUGCAGGAGCUGGUGGCUCACAGCAAACUGCACUACAAACCCAAUCGCUACUUCAAGUGUGAGAACUGCCUCCUGCGCUUCCGCACGCACCGCUCGCUCUUCAAGCACCUGCAUGUUUGCGCGGAGCAUGCGCAGAGCCCAGCCCCGCCGCCACCCCCGGCCCUGGACCGAGAGCCGCCCGCGCCGGAGCGCCCCCCGGAGGUUGACCCCGCAUCAGCGCCGGGCCUGCCGUUCCCGCUGCUGGAACCGUUCACGACCCCCGCCCCUGCCCCCACCGGACCGUUCCUGCCCUACUUGAACCCUGCGCCCUUUGGCCUAAGCCCCCCGCGCCUGCGCCCCUUCCUGGCGGCUGCACCCGGGCCGCCGGCUUCCAGCGCCGCCGUCUGGAAAAAGAGCCAAGGUGCUGGCAGCAGCCCCCGAAGACCCCAGGGCGGCUCCGACGCGCCCUCAGGGCACGCGGCCCCGAGCCGCAUCGUGUGGGAGCACACACGCGGCCGCUACUCGUGCAUGCAGUGCGCCUUCUCCACGGCCUCGCGGCCCGCCAUGACCCUGCACCUGGAGGACCACCGCCCCGGCGCCCCCGCGGCCCCCGCGCCCGGGCCGCCGCGCCCCGACGCCCCCGCGGAUCCGGCCCCGCUUGCACCCAAGGUGUCGCCACUGCUGUCAGAGGGGGAGCUUCCAGUGUUCUCGCAGCUCUGAAUCCCGCCGCUUUGGGGGUGGGCCAUGGGAUGUGGGUAGUUUUGUCAUUUGGAGGGGGCUGCAGGGAAGGGGGGCUGGGGUGGACAAUAAAGAAGGCGCCAUGAGCCAGCC